AUGGCAGCCUCAAAUGAAGAAGAAAUUUUGGAGGGCUUUCUGUGUCCAAUUUGCAAAGCAGACUUAAAAUCAGCUAGCCAGCUUACAAAUCAUUUCGAAAGCUUGCACCAAGAAGAGCAGGAUGUUCUCAAAUCAUUGAAGGAAAUAUUUGGUAAAGCAAAGAAGAUAAUUCUAAACAACGACGAUACAGAUUUGAAGGAAACCUUUGAUCGCGCUCUGAAGUUCAGUUCUCAAGAACGAUAUUACGCUAGGGAGGAGCAGACUGUUGGUGUGUCUCGAAGUUCCACUGAUUAUUUCAAGGCUGUUCGUUCAGCUAGAUUAGAGAGAUAUGCCACGGAAACUAAUAAGUUGUUAAUAAGAUUAGAUAAAUUGGUAUGCAAUAUGCCAAGUGAUCCAAACCAAAGGAAACAACAUGAACAGGAAGUUGUUCCUUGGUUGGAUGGGUCAUCCGUCAAGUUAUGUCCUAACUGUGCUAAAGCUUUCAAUCUGACGAGGAGAAAGCAUCAUUGUAGACUCUGUGGUUCAAUUCUAUGCCAUGACUGUUCAGUGUUCUUAGAUUUAAAUGUUGCUAAAACUAUAGUGGAUCCAUCUGCAACUCCUCAACCAGAGACAUCAACGGCCGAGAAGUUUGGUCUCCGUCUGUGUGAGCAUUGCUACAACCUGGUUCAACUCCGACGGCAAAUUCAAGAGAACAGAAAUGUGAAGACUGUGUUAAUGUCGGCCUACGAACAGAUGAGGAGUCUGAUGGAACAAGCGACACCGGCUGUUGAAAUGUAUGAGAAGAUGUGUCAGAGUUUGUUCGACGGGGAGACUAUAUACAAUCUGUCGGAUGUGAACGCUAUGCGCGGUCGUAUCGGGAAGCUGGCUGAGGGUAUCGACUUAUUGAGUAAACACAUAGCGAGCCUGCCCGUACAGCCGGGGACCAGACAAGCCAAGCUACAGAACUCUAUCAGACAGGCCUCCGCACACUAUAUAAAGGAAGAAUUGCUAUCUCUACGGAAAUUACCAACUGAGGCCCAAAUAGAAGAAGUUAGGAGACAGCGGUACGAGCGGGCUCAGAAACAGAUAGAGUUAGAAAGAGAACGGAUAGAGAGGGAAAGAGAAAGGAGAGAGAAGGAGUGGGGGGAGGAGGGGGAGGCGAGCGGGGGGCGGGGCCAACAACACGACGACGAUAACCCGAUACUAGAACAGAUGAACAUUAUAAGAGAUUAUAUAAAAGAGGCCAGGAAGGAACUGAGGUUUGAAGAAGUGGCAAUACUAGAGCAGAACCUCAAGGAUCUAAAGAAAGAAUAUCAACUUCAAAUGCUCUCAAACAAGUCCUAG